AUGGCCAACCCCCUCGAUACCGAUGCCGGCUCCGAGCUGUUCAGCAGCUACGAGGCCGAAUUCAAGCUUGUACAAGCCGAUUUGACACAGAAGCUCGACCAGAUCCCCGAGCUGAGCGGCGAGCCCAGAAAAGCCGCUAUUUCUCAGGCCGAGAGGGCAUUAGAGGAGGCAGACGAGUUGCUUGGGCAAAUGCGCCUCGAAAAGUCCAACAUCCCAUCUGCCGCCCGCUCCAAGAUCAACCAGCGCUUUCGCAACUUCGAGACAUCCGUAGACCAAUACAAGCGGAAACUCAAUGGCUUGGCCUCCGACCGAGCCGCUUUGUUCGGCAACCGAUACACAGACAACCCCUCGGGUUCAGGGCAGGAUGCGCAGCUCGAACAGCGCCAACAGCUGCUGAACGGCACCGACAGACUAGACCGGAGCACCCAGCGUCUACGAAACAGCCAGGCUCUUGCCUACGAAACGGAGAACAUUGGUGCGAAUACACUGGCCGAGCUGCACGGCCAACGGUCACGCAUCCUACACACUGGGGACAUGUUGGGCGAAAGCGAGGGAUAUGUCGACAGGAGCGUCAAGACUUUGAGGGGGAUGGCUCGUAGGAUGGCUACGAAUCGGGUAAUCACCAUCGCCAUUAUCACGGUGCUGGUCUUGUUGAUUUUCGCCGUCAUUUACAGCAAGUUCAAAUAG